CCACAACCUUAAGCCCAGCCACUUUGCUGACUGAAGGACAGAAUCCCCCUCUACACUCUUGCCCAGAAACCUUGGCAACGAUCUCGUCCCUCCGCUCUGAUCUUAUGGACAUUCCUUUACAUGACCCUGAUAUCAGCAUGUUUUCAGAUGGCAGUAGUUUUGUGUUUCAAGGGCAAAGGUAUGCCGGUGCUGCGGUGACAACAGACCGUGAAGUUUUAUGGCAACAGACCCUUCCCCCAGGAACUUCAGCCCAACACGCAGAGCUCAUCGCACUAACAAAAGCCCUAAAACUUGGAAGAAACAAGUCAGUUAACAUUUAUAUGGACAGCCGCUAUGCUUUUGCAACCACGCAUGUACACGGAUCCAUUUAUCAAGAGCGUGGUCUCCUCACAGCAGAAGGCAAGGCCAUCAAAAAUAAAGCUGAAAUUUUAGAUCUUCUAGCAGCCAUCUGGGAACCUGCAAGGCUGGCAAUCAUUCACUGCCCAGGACAUCAAAAAGGCAACUCCCUAGAGGCAGUCGGAAACCGCCUGGCUGAUGCAGCAGCCCGAGAAGCUGCCCUAACUAAAAGUGAAAGUGCCUUGGAGCUACCGAUCUUGACAGAGCCCCUGCUUCCACUGGAGCCCAGUUACACUCCUAAAGAUUUGGAGUGGGUUUCCAGAAAAGGGGGAAGUAAGAUGCCGGGACAAAAGUGUUUUCAGGAUCCUGAAGGAGACUUAGUCUGGGUCAAAAGGCACGAGCCUAAAACCUUGGAGCUGCGCUGGAAAGGACCACACACCGUGAUUCUGACUACGCCCACAGCUGUGAAGGUAGAUGGUGUCCGAACCUGGAUUCAUCACUCUCAGGUUAAGAAAAACUGCGUGAAGGCGGGAACAACCUAGACUGAUACAGAACCAGAUAACAAACAGCAAUGG